CCAAGAUUGAAAGGAGGGAGGGAGAAAUGGCGAGCGUGGACAAUAAUCUGGAGGAAUUGAUGAGCCAUCUCGGGGAAUUCGGUAAAUAUCAAUUCUGGCAGUUCUCUCUGCACAUUCUGGGUGCGUUGACGGCCGGUCUGCACAUGCUGACACUGUUGACAGUGGCCGCGGUGCCACCCCACGAGUGCAACGUGCCCGAGGCCAUCACUCUCGUGGACAAUCUCACCGUGAUCGGCAAUUCGAGCGGGGAAAAUGUUCCCCGAGCGAUCGACGCGUGCUACUACUUAGACGCGAGCAACUCGAUCAAGGAGUGCGAUUCGUGGACGUACGACACCCAAUACUUCCAAUCGUCCCGCGGCAUGGAGUGGAACUUUGUCUGCUCGCGGAGAUGGAUGGGCGCCCUGGCCCAAUCCUCCUACAUGUUCGGCGUGUUCAUCGGGGCGGUCACGUUGGGCAGCCUGGCCGACAAAUACGGCAGAAAGAUAAUAUUCUACGUGUCGGCGAUCGCCCAACUCGUUCUAGGAGUUUCGGUCGCGUUCGUGGACAACUACCACCUGUUCCUCGCGUUCAGAUUCCUGUACGGGAUCUUCGGCUCGGCGGGCGCCUACAUAACAGGAUUCGUCCUCAGCAUGGAGCUGGUCGGCGCUACGAAGAGGACCGUGUGCGGGAUAAUGUUCCAGCUGGCGUUCGCCGUCGGUUUCAUGCUGGUCGCGAUCUGGGGAGCCGUGAUCAAGGAUCGUAUGUGGUUGCAGAUCGUGUACGGGCUUCACAGCGGCCUGUUGGUGGGCCACUGGUGGCUGAUGGACGAGUCGCCCAGGUGGCUGUGGGCCCAGGGCCGCGUCACGGAGGCGCUCGCGAUCGUGCAGAGGGGUUUGAGGAUGAACGGUGUCGACGUGGACGUGGACGCGGCGAAAUUGAUCGGGGAUCAGGGCAAGAUGGGCGGAUCAGGGCAGGCGUAUCGAAGGGAGCGGUCUUACGGGGCGUUGGACUUGUUCAAGACGCCCAACCUCCGCAAGAAGACGUUGAACGUUUGCCUGAAUUGGUUCGCCAACUCGAUCGUCUAUUACGGCCUGUCUUUGAACGCGGGCAACCUGGUCGGCAAUCCCUUCCUCAUGCUGUUCCUCAGCGGCCUGGUCGAGCUGCCCACCUACGUGAACCUGUUCCUGAUGGAUCGGGCAGGGAGAAGGUGCAUGGUCACCUCGUUCAUGUUGAUCGGCGGAGUGUGUUGCAUAACAGCCUCGCUGAUACCCGCCGGCUCGGAUUUGGCCAGGACGGCGAUCGUGGGCAUCGUUCUGUUCGGCAAGUCGAACAUAUCGGGCUCGUUCGCCGUUAUUUAUAAUUACACGGCCGAGCUGUUCCCCACCGUGGUGAGGAACACCGCUUUGGGGAUAGGAUCGAUGUGCGCCCGUCUCAGCGGCACUUUGACACCCGCCAUAAUGCUGUUGGACUCGUUGGACCCCAAAGUGCCCGCCGUUCUCUUCGGUUUCGUCGCCCUUGUUUCCGGUUUCCUGUCCAUGUAUCUGCCCGAGACCGUGAACCAACCGAUGCCCGAGACCAUAGAGGACGGGGAGAAUUUCGGCAGAGACGACACCUGUUUCGCCACGUGUUUCGGCUCGGAUAGAAAAGGCAGGUCUACUUACGAAGUUAAGUUGAAUCAAUUGACGGAGAAGGACGAGAAGGAGAGGUUGAAUCAGGGUGAAAACGCUAGGGAAUAUUCCUCUUGAAAUAUAACGUGAAAAAUUCCGCAGCGUUAAUACGGCGAUUGUUUGACGUGCAAAUGUUUGUUGUUAUGCUGUUGUUAUGUGCUGUGUGCAAUUUUCGAAAAAA